GUGUCCAAUCACAUCUGACAGUGUCUACUCCAUCUGUAGUGGUGGAGCUGCGCGCGUGUCGCUGAAUGAUAAGGAGGAGAGAAAGCAAACAGUGUGAGUCUCAGGAGCAGCAGAUCGGCUGCAGGAGCCAGCGCAACAGGAUGGAUUUCUGCCCGACGUGAGACGGAGAGAGCAGCGUCUGCGGCAACACAUCCAACAGCCAGCAUGUCCGGACUGGACUUGACCUUGAUGGACCACAAUGAAACUGGACUCUCCUCCGUCGACAACAGAACUGUCCUCCGCUUCGCCCCGACCGCCGGCUCCACCUCGGCGGCCGCCUCGUCUCUGGCGCCGCAGGGGAACGUCUAUGUCUACAUUUGGCUCUUCCUGGGCCUCCUGGUGUUCCUGCUGACCCUGCUGGUCAUCUCCCUCCACAGACUGAAGAACAUCAUCUCGUCCUCCUCGCUGCCAGACUGCAGCAGCGAAGGACACAGCUCUUUCACCAACAUGGAGAUCUGCAGCAUCUCCUCUCAGAGAUCCACCAUCUCCACACUGUCCACCUGAAGCUCAGGUCUACUGUACACACGAGGAGAAGCAGGAUCCAGCACACUUGAUCUUGGCUGAUGAGUCAAACCACAUGCAGAGUCUCCUGGGAAUCACUGUGUGAAGUGGAGCCUCUGCAGAAAACAUGGACUCUUCCUUCCUGUUUUAACACUGCGAGGUCUGUCAGCCGUCUACAAUCCCUCAUGGUCCUUAGUUACGCCUGUGAUCUACUAGAGAAUUCAGUAAUAAAAGCAUUAUACUCAUGCUAAAUUGCAUGUUCAUGUUCUCAGAUCUGGAGGGGAGUUUACUUAAGCGCAUGACCUGCACACUGACCCCCUCUUGAGGUCAAUUAAAGCGGUGCAACAUGGUGUUCUGUUUGUAUAUUCAUGAUAUUAAGCGUUGAGGUUGCCCAGAAGGCCUUGGCGCUGAAGGUUGGAGACUCAAGGUAAAAAAACAUAUGCUCACUCUGACAUUCCAUAGUUUGUCGCAGGAUACAUAUAAAAGAGCGACUACAUCGUAUGUGCAAGAAAAUACUUUUAUUAAAGGUAAAUAAACGCGUGGAAAAAUCAAACUUCCAGUCAUCAAAUUCUUUGCAUAUUUUAUUUUUUCUUAUCAUGAUUUUUUUUUCAACUCACACAUGUCAUAUUUUACAUCUUUGCAA